GUCCAAUUUCCGGCGUCGAUUCGGAAGGAGCCCGGGGCGCUGUGGACCCGCGGCCAGGACUCCGCCGACGGCGCGGCUGUGCUGACUUUGCUGUUAGGGGGUCCUUUGCUGAGGACGGCAAGCGGAGCAGGGGAAUGAAGGAUGGCAGCACGCCGUGCAUUAAAAGCUGUUUUGGUGGAUCUCAAUGGCACACUUCACAUUGAAGAUGCAGCUGUGCCAGGCGCGCAGGAAGCUCUUAAAAGGUUACGUGGUACUUCUGUGAUGGUUAGGUUUGUGACCAACACAACCAAAGAGAGCAAGAAAGACCUGCUGGAGCGAUUGAAGAAGUUGGAAUUUGAUAUCUCUGAAGAUGAGAUAUUUACUUCCCUGACUGCAGCCAGGAAUUUAGUGGAGCAGAAACAGGUCCGGCCCAUGCUGCUCGUUGACGAUCGGGCAUUACCUGAUUUCAAAGGAAUACAAACAAGCGAUCCUAAUGCUGUGGUCAUAGGAUUGGCACCAGAACAUUUUCAUUAUCAAAUGCUGAAUCAAGCAUUCCGGUUACUCUUGGAUGGGGCACCGCUGAUAGCAAUCCACAAAGCCCGGUAUUACAAGAGGAAAGAUGGCUUAGCCCUGGGCCCUGGCCCGUUCGUGACUGCUCUGGAGUAUGCCACAGACACCAAAGCCACCGUAGUGGGGAAACCAGAGAAAACAUUCUUUUUCGAAGCCCUGCGGGGCACUGGCUGUGACCCCGAGGAGGCUGUCAUGAUAGGAGACGAUUGCCGGGAUGACGUUGGUGGGGCUCAGAAUGUGGGCAUGCUGGGCAUCUUAGUAAAAACUGGUAAAUACCGAGCAACAGAUGAAGAAAAAAUUAACCCACCUCCUUACUUAACUUGUGAGAGUUUCCCUCAUGCUGUGGACCACAUUCUGCAGCAUCUGCUGUGAACCAGAAGCAACCUGAAACGCAGCUUUUCAUCACCUGGAAUGAAUCCCUCCCCAACUCAGUGGCAGCACAGGCAGACACACCCCUCAGCGCAGAGCGGGUGCAGCCCUCUCUUAUUGUGUGUUAAUUAGAAAGAAAGGUAUUGAAUUGCAGCCAACCACUAGGCCUUGCUUAUCUCUUUUGUUUUAUUUUGUAAAAGAAGAUGAGACCCAGAGAAAGGGGAAGCUGAGAUUUUAUGCCAUUCUUUUUAAAAUAUUCAUCGGAUUAGCGGGGCUGGGAGGGAGAACCUACUGCAGGCAGUCCUGUUCUCUACCAUCCUCCUUGCCCCUGUAAACUGGGAGGGCGGGUUCAGGUUGUGAGUAAAGUGGAACGGUGCAUUAGGUGGUAGUUUAAUACUGAGUUCAGCUGUGAAACCUGUCAGAAGCGCCACGUAGAGUAUAUGUCAGAAGAAGCAAAAUAAAUUGUCCUUUAGCCUGA